UUUGUAUACCUGCCAAAUGUACACGAUCUGUUCGUCUGUAACAUGGUCAUACCCGCAACUCGGUAUUUAGGAACGUUUAUUCAAAGGAGAAAUUGACCUACAAAUGCUACAAUUUCCUGUCGAGCCAAGUAAACGUGCCAAUUUCAAGUGCAAGUAGAAAACAGGAAUGAACCAGCACCAUUUGUUUAUUACGUGAUUAUUCCUGUAUUCAGCUUCGGUCGUACGAUUAUUCAAUAUGAUCGACUGAUGCUAUUAACUGCUCUGCCCGAAUGAUGCGCGUGUAGAUGCGAAUGGUGAAAGUCUGUUGAUCACUCUGCUCAACCCUGUUGAGGAGGACACGGGAGGCCUGGCCUUGGAACAGACUAUAUAAAGCCAAUGUAACAGUUUGGUUGGGAGACAACCUGCAUGGAGCCGUUGUGAGGCAAACUGCAAGGGCCACAUACAAUUCACACAACUCGUCUAAAUCAACAACUUACUGUCAUUUUAAUCAGGAAUCACGAAACGACAAAGGUGCAGCGAAUAAGACAGAUCGAUGGCCGACGAGAGGAAGGAAACGUCGGAGAGCGAAGUCAUCGAGGGUAUGAACGUCGAUGAAGGUGUUGUUGGCGAGGUCUACGGCGAGGAAAAGCAGACACAAUGUGGUAUUGGGGCAUGGCAUCCCCGUCGCUUGCAGUUCUGUAACAGUCCAAUCGGCUUCCUGAUAUGCUUAUGCUUCUUCGGUUUCACGCAAGGUAUGACGGUCAAUGGCAUCGUGUACGUGGUAACGACCACACUCGAACGCAGGUUCAACCUCCCGAGCGUCCAGAGCGGCUUCAUCUCGAGCUCGUACGACUUCGGUGUCCUACUGGUCGUCGUCUUCGUCACGUACUUCGGAGAGAGGGCUCACAAACCGAGGUGGUUGGGGAUAGGAGCUUUGGGGUUCGCGGCAAGCUCGUUCCUGUUUUCCUUGCCACAUUUCACGACUGGACGUUACCAGUACCAGACGGCAGGCAUUGACACUUGUUCACUGGAUGGCAACGCGACCCUUGAUCGGGAGUGUACGGGGAGCUCUGGAGGACUCAGUCACUACAUUGGUGUCUUCAUCCUCGCCCAACUCCUGCACGGAUUCAGUGCAUCUGGUAUCUACACAUUGGGUGUCACCUACAUCGAUGAGAAUGUUGAGACCAAACGCUCACCUCUGUAUGUGGGUCUCUUUCAGGGUAUGUCAACGCUUGGCCCAGCCUUAGGGUAUCUCAUCGGGGGACUCUUCUUAAACCACUAUACGGACGUAACCAUAGAUCAAGAAAGCUUAACGAUUUCUUCAGACAGUCCUUUAUGGGUUGGUGCUUGGUGGCUUGGUUUCAUCCUGACAGGAUGCAUGGCUCUAUCGAUCGCUCUUCCUUUCCUCAUGUUUCCAAGAUCUAUGCCAGCGGCCAAAGAGUUAGCUUUGAAGAGAGUAUCUCAAACACAGAAAGGUUCUGAGUUUGCUGCACGGGCGGGCUACGGAAACGCUUUGAAAGAUUUCCCCAAAGCCAGCUUAAACCUGAUUAAAAACAUCCCUUUCAUGUGUGUGAACGGAGCUGCCAUCACCGAGUGGUUUAUCAUAUCAUCCCUUGCGACAUUUGGACCGAAGUUUAUGGAAACGCAAUUCAACAUUCCUGCAAGUGAUGCAGCAUUAAAAACAGGUUUUCUUGUGAUCCCUGCCAGUCUCUGCGGUGCCUUAGUCGGUGGCUGGAUUGUGACCUUCUUUAACUUCCAAUAUCGUGGAAUGAUUCGUUUCUGUCUGGGUAGUCUUUUAUUUGGCUUCUGUAUGCUGCCAGCAUUCUCCAUACAAUGUCCCAAUGUGCCUUUUGCCGGAGUGUCCGUUGCAUAUUCAAACACAGGAAAUAUUGAAAGAGAUGGAACGUUAGACAGCAAUCUGACCGCAUCUUGCAAUACGGGAUGCGGCUGCUCCACUACAUACGAUCCAGUGUGCGGGACUGAUGGUAUCUUGUACUACUCAGCAUGCUUCGCAGGUUGCUUAGAAACUGGGGAGAUAAACGGAGUGGAAAAGAUGUAUACCAACUGCACAUGUAUUGGUAACUCGACUAUUGACCCGGAGGUGCUUGGAGGCUCGGCAGAGCUAGGUCGCUGUCCCCAAUCGUGUUCGAAAGAAACUCUGUAUAUCUUUCUUACAUUUCUUCAGCUUUUAGGCACCUUUUUAGCCUUGGUCCCGUCCACCAUGGCCUCAAUAAGAUGUGUUUCACACGAUCAGCGUUCGUUUGCACUUGGUAUUCAAUCACUUUGCUUCAGAGCUUUCGGAACAAUUCCCGGUCCUGUUGUGUUUGGCGCCCUCAUCGACCGAGUUUGUGUAUUGUGGCAAGACUCCUGUGACGGCUCGGCCUGCUUAAUUUACGACAACAAACAAUUCGGACUGACGGCACUGUUGCUCUGUAUGAUGCUGAGACUGUUAUCCAUUUUCUUCUUUAUAGGAGCGCUAGCGUUUUAUAAACCAAGUAGCAAUGAAAGGAUAAGUGUGGUAGAUGUGGAUCAAAAUGCAAGAGAGUCAGUUCAUAAAGAUGAUACUGCGUGAUAAUAGCUUUGAAUGAGCAUCUUCAAAAAUAGUAUUUUGUUACGAAUCUGUAUCAAGUAUUUAUAUUUCUAAAUUUGAAAUAAUACACAAUGACCAGCAUGCUUUUCAGUUGAAUUUUUUCAAACGACUAUCUUUGACCAUUUUCUUCUUAUUUUCGUUGAGUCUCAUCCGCAGGAAACGAAAAACGUGAAGGGUUAAAAACAGGAUGAAAACAAAAGUGUGCAAAAUCAACGAAUAAUGUAUUUCUCUCAAUAUUCUUUGUCUUCGAUUUCUGACUUCUUCCACUUUUGAAUAUUGGGACCAAGUGAUGCUUUUGGCCCCAGUGACAUUAUUCUUUUUGAGACUUUUCUAUGCAAACUUAUUGGUAGGAGUGGAAUGAGGCUGAAAGAGAAUCGUAUGAAAAUCGAUUCGACUUUAAAUCUUUUCAGUUUAAGUCGACUAACGAAAAGUUGUCUGUCAACAUGGCGAGAUAAUUAUUAAGCCAAGUCGACAUA